CGGAUGUGAAUGUUUAUGCGCAUGCUCAGAGUAAUGUUUUGAUUCUUUGCGGAAAUGGAUUUCGAUGUGAGUGUCGGCACUUUUACUUACGAGAGCGGACCCGGUGAAUAUGAAGACUUUCCGCGUACGGAAGAGCCAGUCUUUAUUCUGGGGGAGGUCUACAGCGCUGAGUAUGAUCGAGAGGAAUUGAAGGAUGACAUCAAGUCCAGGAUAUGGGUCACCUACCGGAGAAACUUCCAGAACAUCGGUGGCAUGGGUCCCAGUUCGGACCAGGGCUGGGGCUGUAUGCUGCGCUGUGGCCAGAUGAUGCUGGCGCAGGCACUGGUGCUGAGACAUCUGGGUCGCAGUUGGAGGUGGGACCCGCUGCGCACAGAUGAAACAUACUGGAAACUUCUGCGGAUGUUUGAGGACAAGAAAACCUCAACGUACUCCAUACAUCAGAUCGACGUAUCUGCGUGUACGACAACUGGAGUGACAUAGCCAUACACGUGGCGCUGGACAAUGUGGUGGUCAUUGAUGAGAUACGCAAUCUGUGCAAGUCGCCCCGGCCCCAGAUGAUGAACGGUGACUCUGUGGACCUGCCAGAGGGCGCCAUCUUCUCCCAGUUCGUCAACGACGUCCCACGCAGCGGGGGCCCCUCCUCCACGGCAUCCUCGGGUCAAGGUCGCGCUGGUCACCAGCAGGCCUCGUUGUCGUGGCGACCACUGUUGCUGAUGAUUCCGCUAAGGCUGGGGCUGACCGAGAUCAACCCGAUCUACUUUGAUGCUCUCAAGAAAUGUUUCACCUUGCCGCAGUCGGUCGGGAUCAUCGGCGGCAAGCCCAACCACGCCCACUGGUUCAUCGGAUAUUUCGGUAAAGAACUCAUCUACUUGGACCCCCACACGACCCAGCCCGUAGUAGACCUGGAGGAUCGCAGCCAGACAGACUCGUCCUACCACUGCUGCACACCGCCCUCUCGCAUGGGCUUCCACAAACUGGACCCUUCCAUAGCGCUGGGCUUCUACUGUGGCACAGAGAAAGACUUUGAGGACCUGUGCGACAGCUUCAGCACGUACGACCGCGCCUGUCGCUCCAUGUUUGAGGUGAGGAAAGACAUCCCGCCCGCCUGGAAGCGAGACCAGCCUACCUCAUCUGACGGAGCUACGGGAGGGAGGUACAGGAACGUGUCCUUGUCCGAUUUUACGUUGGUACCGAGCAGUCCUGCAGGAGAAGGAAGUAGUGUGGACGACGAAGAGUUUGAGAUAAUAUAGUCUGGUGUCCAGGGAACCGUGGUGCUUUCACUGGGCUCGAACCCAGACCCUUCUGUGUGUGUCGGGUUGGUGUGGUUAUGUGUGUGUGUGUGUGUGUGUGUGUGUGUGUGUGUGUGUGUGUGUGUG